AGGUCCGGCAAAGGCAUGAGUCGUAGCGGCUAUACUUGCGUUCGAUACAUAUUCUGCUAUGUUAAUGUUUUAUUAUGGCUAUCUGGCUGUGGGAUUCUUGGAGUGGGGAUAUGGCUGAGGGCAAUACAUGAUGGCUACACCAGCCUGGUCCCACAAUAUUCUUUACUCAGUGCUGACAUCCUUUUAAUUAUUGUUGGAGCAACUACUGUACUCAUUACGUUCUUUGCAUGCUGUGGCAGUUGGUUCCAAAGUAGAUGCUUGCUUGUAACAUAUUUCAGCCUUGUCAUAAUUAUGUUUCUUAUUGAAUUCAUUCUUGCAACUCUCGCCUUCAUAUAUAGAGAGGAUUUGAAUGACAUUCUGAAAGAGGAGCUGAUGGAUGGAAUUAGGUAUCAUUAUAGAAAUUCAACAGAAAAUGGUUUAGAAGUGAUUUGGUCUAAGGCUCACACAAAAUUCCAUUGCUGUGGUAUUAAUAACUAUGAAGACUGGUAUGAAAUAAAAGCAUGGGAGGAUAGAAGAAUAGUUCCAGUCUCUUGCUGCCUUCCUCAAUAUCAAAAUAUGACAAAUUGCUGGGAAGAAGGAAACAUUGCAUAUUGGUAUAGCAAGGGAUGUUCUGAGCAAGUUCUGAUGUGGUUUGUCAGCCAGCUGCAUAUCGUAGGAGUUGUAGGCCUCCUCAUUUCCUUUAUCCAGCUGUUUGGACUUAUUUCUGCAAUGCUGCUUUUCUGCACGGUUCAACAUAAAAGAGUAAAAGGACACAUUUACAAGGCAUACAGUUCGACUUCAUACCCAUCAUGAAAUCCUUUGCUAAAUUAAAUAUUCCAUUCACUACUAACAAUAAAUCAAAACAUAAUAUGACUCCAGUAAUAGAGGAUUCUUCAUUUAUUUAUUUAAUUUAAUGUGAUGUAGCCUCAACUUGUUUAUACUAAUAGUUGUGAAGGACAGUUAAGUUCUUUUUUGUAAUUUUUUUUUUCUGUAUAAAUGUAAUGUUGUAAAUAAAUAUUAUUUAUUAUGCAUUUAUGUAUAUUUUGUUGUGGAAAAUAUAUAAAAUUUGUAAUGUAUACAGUUGAU